AUUAAUACAUGCUAUAGAGCCCCUUGUGGCAAUGAUGCUUGUGCACUUAAAAGUAACUGUGUUGUCAUACUUGCGUGAAGUGUGUUAUUUUGGCCUCUGAUGCAUUUCUCUUUUUUCUUCCUGUCAAAAGGGUGUAAAGAAAACUACAAAAUGACUGAAAAACGAAUGUCUAGUAGUAAAAAACACAGCCUGAAGAGCUUGAUGCUCCUGGUUGCAAAAGACUUACUGGAAGCAGAGCAGAUCGAGAAGAAGGAGGAGAGGAAGAGAUACAUGGAAGAAAACUGUCCUCCGUUGUCAUACCCAAGCUCCAAACAAGAACUACAGGAGCUCUGCAAAGAGCUACAUGCAAAAAUCGAUGUGAUUGAUGAGGAGAGAUAUAUUCUUGAGCACAAAGCCAUCAUGGUCGUUGAUGAGGUCAAAGACUUAAAUAUCAAGAUUGUUGACCUGAAGGGCAAGUUCAAGAAGCCUCCUUUGAAGAAAGUGCGCAUGUCUGCUGACGCUAUGCUUCAAGCUCUGCUGGGCUCCAAGCAUAAGGUCUCCAUGGAUCUGAGAGCCAACCUGAAACAAGUCAAGAAGGAGGUCAAAGAAGAGGAUAAAGAACUGCGUGAUGUUGGAGACUGGCGUAAGAACAUUGAGGAUAAGGCUGGUAUGGGUGGCAGGAAGAAGAUGUUUGAGACUGAAUCUUGAAGACGAUGAUGAGUAAUCCACCAUGAUCUUUUCCUGACUUAGAUCUGAAUAAAAUGUACUACUGAAAGGUUCAACACGAACUGUUUCAUUUAUAGUCCAUAAAAAUACCAUAGAUUGACUGUUUGCCAAAAUCAUGCCUUUUCUAAAUAAACAACCCAACUGUAAUAAUUGUUGCUCUCUGCUUUAUUUUUUUAUUUAGCUAUUACUGUAAUCUUUAACUUUUUUUUUUUUUUUUGUCAUUUUUUUUUUAAUUGCUUAAAGUUAACAAAGAAUCAAACACUUUUUAAUAGACAACAGACUUUCUAUGUCUUAUUGUAAAUUAUUCAUCUGUGAAUGUUGUUAAAAAGAAACUUGUAUUUACUAACUCCACCUCGGUUUCGGUUGACAUUACCAAGCCCUCUCAUUUUUCAAUCGUCAAACAACCUGAUACGAGUUUUCAUAUCUCAUAAAGUCCCACCCAACAUUAUUUUUACUGAAGUAAAAGGGGUAGCAAUAAGGUUUAAUUUUGACUUUGACUAUAAUUCAAUAUAACUAACUUAACUUCUAAAUCAACUGCUGCUUGUUGUUUUAUCAUCAAGGUAAGAUUCCUUCCAUUUUUUUUCGAACAAAUACAUAGUUCUGUCAUGAAUCUCUAGAUGGCACAGGCUGAUAGUUCCUUAACUCAAUCUGCUUCCUAUCAAAUCAUUCUCCUUAGGGCACAGCUGAUUGGUUCCUUCUGUAUCAGUAGCCAAUGAGCUUGCGUGCUC